UUCUUCCACGAUCCCCCACGAAUCAAUCAAAAACCUACUUACCAAAUACGAUCCGGUACGUACUUGACUGAGUUGAGCCAACAAACGACGACAGAUCCGCUCCAGUACCCCGCUGAUCCACCUGCAAUUUCAUCUUCAUGCUCCAAGCCUCCGACGGCGAUUCCUCUUCGGCUCUCCGGGAAAGUGAUCGUGGUUUCUCUCUAGCUCGUUCAACCCCAUAAAAGACUUAAAUUAAAGACAAUUGGUUUCAAUGCCAACAGCCUAACCCAAAGCGACUCCUCCAUUAAGAAUCCCCACUCCUCUGCCAGUCAUUUUCACAAACACAUUCACCGCAAUAUAAUUUCUAAAUACCAACACAAGGGAAAAUCCGUCGGUAUGCUUCGAAGGUCAAUUUUUGAAUUAUCACGUUGCCGAGGGGCUCCUUGGAGAAUACGCAGGGAGAUUGCGUCCCAGCGUUUAUCUCCAUUUAUUUAUUCAAGAAAGCAAUUUUCGACCUCUGCUGGGGAAAAUGGUAAUCCGAAACCUGAAUCAAAGACUGGGGUUCCAAAUUUUGUCCUUGGAACUGCUGUUAUUAGUGGUGCUAUUUUGAUUGCUUACCGAGCUGGAUACUUCGAGAAAUAUGGCAAAGGACCCAAGGUUUAUAUUGAUUCGACAAAUAUUGUUUUUGAUGGGAAAGAUGAAAAGGAUAUCCAGGUUGUUUCUUCUCGUAAUGAAGAAUUGCUUCCUUAUGUGGACUUGCCUGAUCAAAAAGUUGCAACUAAUAUCGAUCUUCCUCAGCCCGAAACUUCGAGUGAAACCCAAGGCACAACACCUUUACCAGAACAGGCAUUACCAGAAUAUUCUCAGAGCAGCUUGCCAUCUGCUGAUCACUCUGCAGAUGUUGCUGCAUCAGCUGAAGAGAAUCUUAAAAAGGUUGAGUCUGAACCUGCAACGGUACCAAACAACGAAAUCCAAGAUGUUCUUUUUGAUACCCAAUCAAGCGAAUGCCUUGGAGAAAAGGAUACAAAAACUGCACCAUCUCCCACUACCGCAGUUGGGCUGCGGGAUGAACCAAGUAAAGGUGCACAGGCCCAUGAAUUAGUCCCUAGAGAAAGCCAACUAAAAUCUGUCCCAUCUCUACCUCCCACUGCAGAGGAUGAAUUCAGUAAAGAUAUAGAAGCUCCAAGUUCUCUUCUUGAAACCUAUCACCUUAGGGAAAAGGCAGAUGAAAACUAUUUGACUUCUCUAAAUAGAAAAUAUGAGCGGCUUUCUAAAGAAGCAGAGGCUUUUGGUACAUUUGUUGAGGAACUGGAUGAUGGAUAUUUGUCGAAGGAUGGAAAAUUAGUUCUCAAUUUCCUGAAAGCCAUUCAUGCUGCUGAAAAGCAGCAAGCUGAGCUGGAUGCAAAUGCUUUUGCUGAGGAGAAGCGAGCAUUGAAGGAGAUGUAUGAAAAGGAAUUAAGGGAUUCAAGAGCCAGGGAACUAAUGCGUACAGAAGAGGCAGCUAUAUUGGAUAAGGAAUUACUGAGAGAAAGAACAAAAACAUCAGCUGCUAUAAAAUCCCUACAAGAAAAAAUGAAAGAGAAAAUUAGGAUUGAACUUGAACAGAAGGAAAGAGAAGCUGAAAUGAAGUUGGAGAAAGCUCUGGAGCUAGGGAAAGCAGAAGUGAUUGCAGCGAUCGCAAAUGAGAAAGCAGCACAGAUUGAGAAAAUGGCAGAAGCAAAUCUUCACAUACAUGCUUUAUGUAUGGCAUUUUAUGCACGAUCUGAAGAGGCACACAAGAGUCAUUCUAUUCUCAAGCUCACUUUGGGAGCGCUUGCACUAGAAGAAGCACUUGCUAAAGGAUUACCAAUCCAGAAAGAAAUUGAUGCUCUACACAACUACCUUGAAGGCAUUGAGGACUCAGUAUUAGGUUUGGUUCUUUCAUCUCUUCCCGAAGAAACUCGGUGCAGUGGAACAGACACUCUACUGGAGUUGAAUCAAAAGUUUAAUGUCUUGAAAGGUAGCCUGAGGCACUACAGCCUAAUUCCACCAGGUGGUGGUGGUAUCUUGACGCAUUCUUUGGCACAUAUUGCAUCUUGGUUAAAGGUGAAAGAAGUUGGUGACUCUGGUGAAGGAAUCGAGUCUAUAAUCAAUAGAGUUGAGAAUUACUUGGCUGAAGGAAAGCUAGCUGAAGCUGCAGGAACCCUUGAACAAGGUGUCAAAGGUAGCCAAGCGGAGGAGAUUAUCGGUGAUUGGGUGAAACGAGCAAGGAAUAGGGCCAUCACCGAGCAAGCAUUAACAGUACUUCAAUCGUAUGCUACUUGCAGCAGUCUUACCUAACCUCCAAGUCCCAAGUAUUUAUCUCAAACAAUGCCUCAGACCCCAGGUAUGAACUUCCAAAUCUCAUUGAAUUAGU